AUGAGUGAACGAAACAAAUCUGCAAGUAAGUCUUUGGCAUCGGUAAUCAAAAACCUUAAAACUUUUGACAAAAAAGAGGCUGCUGAAUACGAAGAAACUUUUAAAAUUGGUGGAAUGUCAUUAUUAAAUAAAAAAAUCAAGGAAGACAUGAGCAAAUGGAGAAAUGUCCCCGUCAAUAUUGCUGUCACAGGAAGUCCAGGGGUUGGUAAGUCGUCAUUUAUAAACAAGUUUAGAGGAGUUAAACCACGGACUGAAGGCGCAGCUGCGGUUGGCGUAAAUGAAACGACUACGGAACCAACUAAAUAUAUGCACCCAGACAAUAACAGUAUUGCACUUUGGGAUCUUCCGGGGAUUGGUACACAGAAAUUUCCGAAGGAAAAGUAUUUAGAAGAAGUCGGUUUUGAAAGGUAUGAUUUUUUUCUGAUAUUGACGGCAACUCGUUUUCACGAAAACGAUAUUUGGUUAGCAAAGAAAGUUGAAAAACUUGAGAAAAAAUUCAUUUUUAUCCGUACAAAAAUGAAUUAUGAUGUAGACAACAACGAAAAAGAUAAUGAUGAGAGUAAAUUUGUCACAGUUGAUAAAAUACGAAAUGAAAUGGCACAACAAAUAGCAACAGAACAGUUUGAAAACGUCAAGGUCUACCUUAUCGACAACCGCGAUGAUCAAGAUUAUGAUUUCCCAAUCCUCAUAGAAAAAAUGAUCAAAGAAGCGCCAGUAUGGAAACAAGAAGCGAUGACAUUAACACUGACAAGUCUCACAGGAGAUCUCAUAAAUCGAAAGAAAAAUGUACUUAGAAAAAGAAUCAUGAUAGUAGCACUAGGUUCAGCACUUGGUGGAGCAGUUCCUAUGCCAGGAGUUAGUAUUGCUGUAGAUAAAGAAAUCAUUAUGCAUGAAGUCGAUUUUUACAAACAACAGUUUGGCCUUGAUGAUGAAUCGUUGCAGAAAAUGUCACUCGCACUGGAAAUAGCUCUCGAAAAUCUUAAAGGACGUUUGAGAACAGCAGUGUCGACUGUACAAAUGGUUACUAAUUUUACGACCGCAUUGGUUGCAUCAGAAAUUACAGAGAAAAUGACAGCCUAUGUUUUGCCUGUAUUUGGAUGUAUUGUUGCGGGAGGGAUAUCUUACUGUAGCACUGCUUCUAUAUUAUGGUCCCUAUUAGACGAAUGCGUUGCCGAUGCACAAACUAUCAAUGAACAACUGGUCAAAAGAUAUUCGAAUCAAGACUUUCAACAAUAA